GCAAUGGAUGUAUUUUGAUGUGAGGGAUAUAUAUAAGGUAUUAACACUUAAAAGUAUUAAAAGCCUGCAUGGUUUCGUCGAUCCAGUGUAAAAUAAUCAACGGUGAUAAAAAAAAACCUCACAAAGCAAACAACAAACAUUAUUGAAGAAAACAGGUAAUACAGAAAGAUUACAAUGGUGAAGUAAAUUUUACCCUGUCGAUUUUUUUUUUCACACAAAAGGGAGAAGUGGAGGUGGGUUCGAUGGCGGGACGGAAGAAGAAACUGUUGUGAAUAGUAAUUACCAUAAUACCAUUAAUAAAUUGUUUUUAGUAUAGUGCUAACACUUAAAGUAUUAACAUUCUAUAUGGUUUCGUCGACUCGAUAUAAAAAAGAAAAAUUAACAGUGAUAAGAAUAAUUAAACAUGCCACCACGAAACCUAGCAUACUAUGGAAUCGAAAAUAUCAUUUAUUAUUUAAUAAUCCAGAAAUAGUCAAAGUUGUAUUGCAACAGAAAAUACUAAUAAUCCACCAUUUUAACAACCAGUCGAUAUAUUUAUUUAUUAAUAACAGCAUCCCUAAUCCCCUAACAAAUCAGCCUACUAAUUUGGCCGCCUGACAGAUAAAUAACAUAAACCAAACACUACAACCCAAAAUUUGAUCAAUUAAGCAGCGUAGAAAUGGGCAGCAACGACGACGACGGCAGGUGCGAGCUGGACAUCGGCGGGAACCUCUACUCGUUCCUCCCAUCAGCCACGGUGAUGGACGUGAAGCAGAAGAUCGCGUCCCGCUCCAACAUAUCGGUGUGGCGGCAGAACCUGCUCCUCCCGGCCGCGCAGACGGAGAUGGACAACGACCGGACGCUCGCUUCCUACGGAAUAAUCAAGUCGCCGGCCGCCGCCGCCGGCGGCGUCAGGAGGCUGUUGUUGCUGGAGAUCGAUCCUCUACCCAUCAAGGUGAUGCUCCGGUUCGUCGGCUACCCGACCUGGCUGGACGGCGACUUCAUCACGUGCUACGAGUCCGUUACCGUGAGGGAUUUCACGGCGAUGAUUGUGGAGAAACUGCACAUCAUGGGCCUGCUGGAGAUCCGGCCGGAGGAUAUGGUGUUGAGUGCUGGAAAUGAUGCGCUCGACGAUCCUGGUGCUGCUCUUUCGGAUUACGGUGUGAAGGGGAUGAGCUGGAUCACCAUCAAGUUCAUCAGGAAUCAUCCACCGGCUGGUACAAGAUUGUAAAACUUUGAGUUUUUGUUUCAAUAAAAGUCUUUUUCACCUUCAUUUCAUGGUGUGUGUGAGAGAGCCGGAACUGUAAAAAUAGGACAAAUUAAUCGGAGGAAAACAAUAACACGAGAGAUAAGGAUUUAAUAACGUGGUGUAUAUCUCCAGCAAGUCGGGACUAGUUCACGGGAAAGUAAGAACUUCUCUGGCCGGCUACUGAUCGUUGUUUGUUUUUUGAGUUUCACAAACGGCCUAACACACUACAAAAAAAGAGGCCUUGUGCCAAGGGUUAUUUUCAUGUCAUAUCGAGGGUUUUAACCCCCUUGCUAUACAAGCUAUAACAAAGGUUCUACCGACCCCUGGACGUAUCCUUGGCAAAGCUGCCUUUGCUAUGUGUAACAAGGGGUUUUUAAGCGACCCUUAGUGGAAGUACCCUGCAUGCAAAGGUUAUAACAAGGGGUUGAAACCCUUGCUACACGUGUUUGUAAAAUUCCGCAAAGAAAUUUCUGUAACAAAGGUUACCACCCUUUGCUAAACUCAUUUCUACAACUAGCAAGGUUAAAACCCUUGCUAUAGGACAAUAUAGGAAUAAUCGUGAGUGUUAAUUCCCUUGCAUAAUUUGUGACGAAAGUAAAAACAUAUUGUGUCGAAACGAGCCGUCACUAAAGUUUGGUCACUAUAAACCCCUUGCAUACUUUGUGACCAAACUAGAACAUUUUGCGACGAACCCGGUCGUCACCAAAAAGUUUGUUACUAAUAGAAGCAUUAUAUAUGGUUGCGUUACCCUUGUCAAUAUAGACAAAUUCAUAUUAUACAACAUACCCACCAAUACUUAUGUCAUUCAUACCCUGAAUCAUAACAUGAUAUCUUUCAUCAUCCAAAAUAUUGUUUGUUUUACAUGGCUAAAUGCUAAACACCAUAAACAUUCAAGUAUAAUGCAAAGAAACACAGUAUGCUCAUAAUAUUUCAAUCACUAAAAAAAAUACGAUUCAAAGUAACAUGAGUAGAUCGCGAUCCCAAAUCCUUCAAAUAAGAGCUUCACGAUAUCAUUUCACGAAACCUUCAAAAAAGCAACGUGAAGGAUGGAAAUGAUGAGUAUAACAGAAGAGAAGGAAUAAAAAUGCUAUUUCAGCUAGUAGAAUAUCCCUGAUGUGAUUGGUUCAUGUUGUGCAUAAUGUAUCAAGUGUAUCGUAGGCGGCUUCAAUUGCAUACAUGGAGUCGUAGUUGUUGUCUGGGAAUGCCAUUUUCAUGAAGUCAACCUAUAUGCGCAAACAUGAGAGAACAACGGAAUGCGUUAUGAUGAAUAUUAGUUUUUUAGUAACCAUCGUGGCUAUCUACAUCUAAACCAUUCAUUAGCUCUAUUUUUUCCUUUUUUUAAAAUAGCGGUCAAGAUUAAAUUAAGGAUAGUUUGGGAAUCAAAAUAAUAUCACAUAAGAUUAUUACCUAUAUUUAUAACUUACCUUCCCCAACCCUACGUCUACCAUCACCACCCUCUCACCUCCCCUCCCACCGACCGCCUCCCCCUAACUCUCCUCCCCACCUCACCCUCCCUAACUCCCCACCCAAUACCACCAUCCCACGACCCUCCCUUCUCUUUCUCUCUCUAACAGCCGGAAGGAGCCGAUGGACAAGCGUCCUGGGUGAGUAUGGGAUCGCGGAGGUUGUCAAAGCAAUCGCUAGCGCUGGCCAUUCUUUUAUCUCCGACCCUCUCGUCUCAAUGGUAUUGUUUUUGUCGCAUUGGUAUUGAUUUUGUUGCGUUGCUAUUUUUUCUUUUUGUCGCAUUGGUAUUGAUUUUGUUGCAUUGCUAUUUUUUCUUUUUGUCGCAUUGGUAUUGAUUAUCAUGUAAUGGAUUUAAUUUGCAUGUAUUGGUAUUGAUUAAAUCUGCAAUGGUAUUGAUUUUUUGUGAAAUGGUAUAGAUUUUUAUUGGUAUAGAUUUAUUUAUGCAAUGGUAUUAAUGUUUUUCAAAGUGGUAGUGGUUGUCUAAUGAAUUGGUAGUGAUUUC